GGGUGACGCAGGUAGUGUCCGGACACGGCUGUUUCGGACACUACCUGCACAAGAUGCAGAGGGAACCGGGGCCUCAGUGCCACGAAUGUGGCGCAGUGGAUGACACGGCCCAGCACACUCUGGAAGAGUGCAAUCGCUGGGUCGUGGAAAGAGUGGCCCUUAGGGCGGUGACGGGGGUUGCGGACCUCUCGCUACACAGCAUAAUUGUGGCGAUGCUGGGUAGCGAGAGGAAAUGGGAAGCGGUGGCCUCCUUCUGCGAAAAAGUCAUGUCGCAGAAGGAGAAGGCGGAGAGGAGCGAGAAGCAUCUGCGGAUGCGCCUCCUCUCCGUCGCAGGCGGCAGGGUCGAGGGCGGAGAGCCCAUGCUCGCCUCGAACCUUAAUAGGGCCAGCGGGUACCGAACCCGCACUGCACGGCCCCGUAGGCGAUGUCGGGGGGAGGGGGAUCAAGCGUUUCUGAUCCCCCCUCCAUUGUGAGAGUGCCUUGGCGAUAAGCCGGGGCUGCCGGAGGGCGCCGUGGUGGAAUGUCAUCGAUCCCAGUGCGCCUUCAUAAACGGCAAAGUGGGUGAAACGCCGGAGUGGGUUUAGUGGGUAGGGCCAAAUUCUCCCCCCCUCUUGCCAGGAGAGGGGAAAGGAGCGGCGAGUCCCACACACCGUGCGUAAAUGCAUUCCCACUCCGUCAAAAAAAAAAAAAGGAAGUUCAUCCUCACACCUUAGAACCUAAAUGGUCGCGUACUGUGCGGUUCAAGAGGAAUUUCCUCCCGCGGACGCUCCGGCUGUGGAAUGAGCUCCCUUCCGAGGUUUUCCCGAGGGUCUACAGUAUGGGGUUCUUCAAAAAAGGAGUGUACAGAUUUUUAAAGGGUCGGCAACGCGCAUGUAACACCUCUGGAGUUGCUGGCGUCCAUAGGCUGCGGUGACUGCUUACCAUCAGGCGGGCCGUAUGCUUGUUUGCCACCGUCGAAAAAACACGCGAAAUUAAAAUUUUAUAUGGG